UCAGUCUUCCAAAUAAUAUUUUUAAUUUUCUUUUUCUUUUUCAAAAAUAAAUAACAGGAGCGGAUCCAUGUGAAGUAUAAAUUUCCAGACAACAGUUUUCAUUUCUCUCUCGAAAUUGGAAUUGAAAAGAUUAUCUUCUCUUUCGAUCCCAAGAAGUUUCAAUGGCAGAGCUACAUUAUAAUGGCAUAGACGGGAACAGACAAGCAAACCUCAGGGUGGACACGUUUUGGUUCAUUGACGCUUUAUCCAGGCUGCUGAAUUUUUAUCGUUAUGAUCGCUACCGUUGUUCUGCUGCUGCCACUGUGAUGUGCCAAAGACUUUUCUCACGUCAACGUCCCUAUUAUGAUCACCGGGAAGUUGCUACUGCCUGCAUGAUGAUAGCGAAAAGAAAUUAUACUCCUAAUGACGCACAGAUCGAUCAAAUUUGCAACUAUUCGUUUCUUCUUAUUCAUUCUGGUGAAAGCUUCACAAAAAUGGUAGCUCCAGAUGGAUGGAAAGAAAGAAUGUUGUGGGUUGAAAGAGUGGUCUUCUCGUUCUUGCAGCACGAUGAUAUGAAAGUUGAUCUUCCCCAUGACCUCUUUCAUUACCACACCCGCUUCAUACAACCUGCUCUUCGCCAUUUUUGCUAUCAACUUUUAAAUGAUGGGCUUCUCAGCACGGCAUUUCUUGUGUUUCCUCGCCACUACUUGGUCGCUGGAGCCCUUUAUGCUGGGAGGACGAUGUUUGACCUUCCCUUCAGAUAUGAUUGGUGGGAACAAUGUGAAUUGAAUCCGGAUAUGGUACAAGAGGUUGGUGAGUCCUUUCUUGAAAGUCAAGAGAUCAGGCAACAAAGUCGCUUCAUCUUGCCAUCAGACAAACACACUUUUAGAAUUCUUCACAGAAGAGCGGAAGAACUGUCCCAGAAGUUGGCAGGUGCAGAAAAAGAAAUUCAGAGGCUAACUGAAGCGCUGGCGGAAUCACAUAGUACGACAAAUUGACAGUGUCCUAGAAUUCCACCUUGUGUUUCUUUUGUCCUUCCUUUUCCCUUCAGCACAUAAAUUUUGGGAUUACCCAGUUCUGAUAUUAGCUUCUGACUAGUCCAUAUCCGAAUUUCGCUAUAGAUAAUGCUAGUAGUUUUUCAUUUUUUUUUUUUUUUACAUAUUAUGGAGACAUUUACUUCAUUAUCUCGUAUUCCAUUCAGAUCAGCACAGACAUUUUGAGACUAUCAAGUUUGGUUUUAGCUCUAGU